CUGGGCUGGGGGAGGGGCGAUGGUAAAGGAAGGGGGCAGAGGGCAGAAGCAAGGGAAGGGGAUACUGUCAGGCCCAGGCCCCUAGGGGGCCAGGGCCAGGCCACUGCCUGGGGGGCAGCAAGUACCAGCUACUGAAGGCAGCCUGAGCCGGGCAGGGCCCCUUCCUCUGCUCCGGCAGCCCCCCAUCAUGCAGCCCCCGAUGGACCUCAAGCAGAUCCUGCCCUUUCCACUGGAGCCAGCCCCAACUCUGGGCCUCUUCAGCAACUACAGCACAAUGGACCCUGUACAGAAGGCUGUGCUCUCACACACGUUUGGAGGACCCUUGCUCAAGACCAAGAGGCCAGUCAUUUCCUGUAAUGUCUGUCAAAUCCGAUUCAAUUCUCAGAGCCAGGCUGAAGCACACUACAAGGGUAAUCGCCAUGCCCGAAGAGUCAAAGGCAUCGAGGCUGCCAAGACCCGCGGCAGGGAGCCUAGUGUCCGGGAAUCAACAGACCCAGCUCCAGCAGGCAACACCCCCCCAAGUGGGGAUGGUGUAGCCCCUCGUCCAGUUUCCAUGGAGAAUGGCCUGGGUCCAGCUCCAGGAUCCCCAGAGAAACAGCCUGGCUCCCCAUCCCCUCCCAGUGUUCCAGAGUCUGGACAGGGUGUAACCAAGGCUGAAGGGGGAACUCCAGCCCCAGCUUCCCUGCCUGGGGGUAGCAAGGAAGAGGAGGAGAAGGCUAAGCGUCUGCUCUACUGUGCUCUGUGCAAGGUGGCUGUGAACUCCCUCUCCCAGCUUGAGGCACAUAACAAAGGUACUAAGCACAAGACAAUUUUGGAGGCCCGAAGUGGACUGGGGCCCAUCAAAGCUUACCCUCGGCUGGGGCCUCCCACUCCUGGGGAACCAGAGGCUCCUUCCCAGGACCGAACCUUCCACUGUGAGAUUUGCAACGUCAAGGUCAAUUCGGAGGUCCAGCUGAAACAACACAUCUCCAGCAGGAGGCACCGAGACGGCGUGGCCGGGAAGCCCAACCCUCUACUGAGCCGUCACAAGAAGCCUAGGGGCGCUGCGGAGCUGGCGGGCACGCUGACUUUCUCCAAGGAGCUGCCGAAGUCCCUGGCCGGUGGCCUGCUCCCCAGCCCCCUGGCGGUGGCUGCGGUGAUGGCCGCUGCAGCAGGCUCCCCGCUGUCCCUGCGCCCAGCUCCAGCCGCACCUCUUCUGCAGGGACCACCGAUCACACAUCCUCUACUCCACCCGGCCCCGGGACCCAUUCGAACUGCGCACGGACCCAUCCUCUUCUCCCCUUACUGACCUCAACCCUGAACCCCUCCCAUUGAAUUCCCCCACCUCCAGCCGGGACCCAGGCCUUCGGGCUCCCAGCCCGCCCCUCCUCCUGGCGCUCCCUAAAUGGUCUGUCCUUCCCCCCACCCCGAGGUACGGGGUUCCAGGAAAGGGGAGGGGUAGCGGGGGAGGGGGGCUUAAGAAGGGGGGGAACACCCCAGAUCUCAGGGAACCCCGCCCCCUGUCCUUGCCUCUCCCCUAGAAAAGAGGGGGUCCGUCUCACCCCCGAGCCCCCUCGGAGACACCCCCUCCCAAAAGCCAUGUUCAUCCAACCCUUCCCCUCCAAACCUAGCACAAAACGGGGUUCACAAGCCAUGGUCGGGCCCGGGGGGAGAACAUGGAUUUUCUUGGCAAUAAGCGGACUCUGGGACUCCGGCCCCCACCCCAACUAAAGCGCUUCCUCCGCAGGGGGAGGGGAGCAGGCGGGAUCCUGGGUCCCUCAUAAGCACUUUGGUUUUACCGCCUGCAACCUCACUGUGCCCGCCCCGCACCAUGCCCCAUCCCAGGUCCAGUCGGGCCCAUAGCAGGGGCAGCAAGCACUUGGGGGCGUCUCAGGCACUUGGGUGGGACCAAGGAGAUGCCCUCAUAGACCCUUCCCCUCACCUUCUUACUCCCCAGUCCGGGUUCCAUUCUUUUCACCAGCACCCAUCGCCCAAGGGGUAUCAAGGGGGGCAAGGGGUGUCCAGUCCAAGCCCACCCCCGCCUCGCCUUCCGCAAAACUGUGAGCAAAAAGCAAUAGAAGCCUCGCCCCCGCCUCGCCCCACCCCUUUCCGCAGGAUUUGCCGUCUGUAGCCUCCUUGAUCCCAAUCCCUAGACCUCAUGGCUGCCACCUCCCGUGACACUUCCACUGCACAACUCGGGCGGGGGCGUGACCCCCAACCUGUCCCUUCUGUGGUUUCUGUGUGGUCAGCCCUUCCAGCGCCGACCUGGGAUGGGGACCGGCCCCCACUGGCCCUCCCCUCCCUAUGGACUCUUUCUGCUUGACAAUGUAGCAACCCCGCGCCCACUCCACCUCCACCCUCCCCUUUUCCUUCUCCUUGAAAAUAAAGUCUGGAUUCGUUUUGCCCUCUGC